AUGUCGGUGCCCUGUCCGGAGGCUCACAAGUUCUUGCAGUGGCGCCGUCUCAGGUUUUUCUCCCUUGUAAAACUGCUGUUCAUUCGCCAUCCGUCGGGUACUAGGGACGUGGUAUACAGCUGUGGUGCUCAGACGCCACCUUGUAACUGGGUUGAGACCCUCUGUCUUCCGUCCGGGUGGGCUUCAUCCAGAUUCGCGCAGUAUGCUGCAGGAUUGCUGACGGUUUGUGCAUGCGAUGCCAAAAGUUACAGAUGUAAAAGUGUGUUCUGUAGCAUCAGCAGUCACUCUGUUUCCCAUGUCAUAUCCCUUAGUUUGAGAGGUUUGUGUCUUAAUCCAACUGUGAUUUCUUUCUCUCUUUCUGUGUCUUUCAGCAAACGGGGAUUCAGUGUCCGGUCCUUUGGAACAGGAACCCACGUGAAGCUCCCAGGACCAGCACCGGACAAGCCAAAUGUUUAUGAUUUCAAAACUACAUACGACCAGAUGUACAAUGAUCUCCUUAGGAAGGACAAAGAACUCUAUACGCAGAACGGCAUUUUACAUAUGUUGGACAGAAACAAGAGAAUCAAGCCCCGGCCAGAAAGGUUCCAGAACUGCAGAGACCUGUUCGAUCUGAUCCUCACCUGCGAAGAGAGGGUGUACGACCAGGUGGUGGAGGAUCUGAACUCCAGAGAGCAGGAGACCUGCCAGCCGGUGCACGUGAUCAACGUGGACAUCCAGGAUAACCACGAAGAGGCCACGCUGGGGGCGUUCCUCAUCUGCGAGCUGUGCCAGUGUAUUCAGCACACAGAGGACAUGGAGAACGAGAUCGACGAGCUGCUACAGGAAUUCGAGGAGAAGAGCGGCCGAGCCUUCCUGCACACGGUCUGCUUCUACUGAGCCGCCCGCCCUCCUGAAGCCGACUUUCUGAGCUUCCUUUUGUUAAUACUUUUCCUCCCUGAUACCUGUUUUUACUUUAAGGUGUUCUGCUGGCGGACAGCAGCAGUGCCCAAUGAACUGUACAUACAAAAUGAGAAGAUACACAGACACCAGAUUACACCAAAUUCUUUUCUUUCCCACUCCUCCUUAUGAGUGGGAUGUCAAUUAGGAAGUUUUCUUUCUUUAACCAAAAGUGUAAACAACGGUUUAUAGUACAUUUUCCCCAUACAUUUGUGGCUCUCAUUGUGGUUCCUCCCCUGUGCCCCCCAGACUUGCUGGAAUGUGCAGAUAACCGGAAUGAAGCCGUGCACUCUGUCUCACUAGGAGAGAACCUGCGAUCGUCCAAUAAAUAGAUGCUGCUGCCUU